GCAAGAAGAGUCCAUAAACCGUCGAACGAACCCCCAUCGACUGUGUUCUCAUUGUUCUCGCAGGCUCUCACCAUUCCUUGGUAACAAAAGCAAAACAAAAGCAACAACAUUUCUGAUUGUUUGAUCUCUCUGUCUCUCACACACAAUGGCAGCGAGAUCAGGGUUUGGCCCAACGACCAUGAUCGUCACCAACACGCCGGCUAAAGAUCUCGCUUACACCAAUUUCGCCUAUUGCUCGCCCACCGAUUUCAGGAACUUCUCUGUAGCUGGAUCGAAACUCUGUUUUGCCCUCGUAGGCGAUACCUUUGUCUUGUCUUUAGCUGCCCAUGAAGGCAUACCUAUUGGCCAUGUUGGUCUCAAUGCUAUCCAACGUCGCCAUGCAAGAGUUUCUACUGGGGACACGGUGUCUGUCAUCAGAUUUGUUCCACCUGAUGAUUUCAACUUAGCAUUACUUACUCUUGAGUUGGAGUUUGUGAAAAAGGGGACUAAAGAUGAACAGGUAGAUGCCGUUCUUUUGUCUCAGCAGAUGCGGAAGAGAUUUAUGAACCAGGUCAUGACAUCAGGACAGAGGGUUACUUUUGAGUAUCAUGGCAAUGGCUACAUCUUUACAGUCAAUCGGGCUGCUGUAGAGGGGCAAGAAGAACCAAUCAGUCCUGAAAGAGGGAUUAUUUCUGCUGAUACAUACGUUGUUUUUGAAGCAUCAAAUUCCAGUGGAAUAAAGAUUGUCAACCAGCGUGAAUCUGCUAGCAGCAAUAUCUUCAAGCACAAAGAGUUUAAUCUUCAGACAUUGGGUAUAGGUGGCUUAGGUGCGGAGUUUGCAGAUAUAUUUCGAAGAGCUUUUGCAUCCAGAGUGUUUCCUCCACAUGUGACGAAUAAGUUGGGAAUCAAACAUGUGAAAGGAAUGCUGCUUUAUGGUCCUCCUGGCACUGGAAAGACUUUAAUGGCUCGCCAGAUUGGAAAAAUGUUGAAUGGAAAGGACCCAAAGAUUGUCAAUGGCCCUGAAGUGUUGAGCAAAUUUGUUGGCGAAACUGAGAAGAAUGUAAGAGAUUUAUUUGCUGAUGCUGAACAAGACCAAAGAACCCGGGGAGAUCAAAGUGACUUGCAUGUCAUAAUUUUUGAUGAAAUUGAUGCAAUCUGUAAGUCAAGAGGUUCAACUAGAGAUGGAACUGGAGUUCACGAUAGCAUUGUUAACCAGCUCCUUACAAAGAUAGAUGGUGUCGAGUCUCUGAAUAAUGUUUUGCUUAUCGGGAUGACCAACAGGAAGGAUUUGCUUGAUGAAGCACUUUUGAGGCCUGGGCGCCUGGAAGUCCAAGUGGAGAUAAGCCUUCCUGAUGAGAAUGGUCGUUUACAAAUUCUUGAAAUUCACACAAAUAAGAUGAAAGAAAAUUCUUUUCUUGCUCCAGAUGUGAACUUGCAAGAGCUCGCUGCUCGGACAAAGAAUUACAGUGGAGCAGAGCUUGAAGGUGUUGUAAAAAGUGCAGUAUCGUAUGCUUUGAACCGACAAUUAAACAUGGAUGACCUCACUAAGCCAGUUGAUGAGGAGAGUAUAAGAGUCACAAUGGACGAUUUUUUGAAUGCCCUUCAUGAAAUUGUUCCUGCAUUCGGAGCUUCUACAGAUGAUCUUGAUCGCUGCAGACUCAAUGGCAUGGUGGAUUGUGGUGGACGACAUCAGCACAUCUACAAAAGAACUAUGUUACUGGCAGAGCAAGUAAGGGUGAGCAAAGGAAGCCCACUUGUUACAUGUCUUCUGGAAGGCCCAAGUGGCAGUGGUAAGAGCGCGAUGGCAGCUACUGUUGGCAUUGACAGUGACUUUCCCUAUGUCAAGAUAAUAUCAUCUGAAUCGAUGAUUGGGCUAAGUGAAAGCAGUAAAUGUGCUCAGAUUGUCAAGGUUUUUGAGGAUGCUUACAAGUCACCACUAAGCAUCAUCAUCCUUGAUGACAUUGAAAGGUUACUGGAGUAUGUUGCAAUUGGACCUCGUUUUUCAAAUUUGAUUUCUCAGACAUUGUUGGUCCUCCUCAAACGGCUUCCUCCCAAGGGGAAAAAUGUUCUCGUGAUUGGGACUACAAGUGAGGUGGCUUUCUUGGAUUCUGUUGGCAUUUCUGAUUCCUUUUCUGUCACAUACCAUGUUCCAACAUUAAAGACAGAAGAUGCUAGAAAGGUAUUACAACAGAUUAAUGUUUUCUCUGAUGGUGAUACUGAUGCUGCUGCUGAGGCUCUGAAUGAUAUGCCAAUCAAGAAGCUCUAUAUGGUAGUUGAAAUGGCUGCCCAAGGAGAAGAAGGUGGGGGAGCAGAAGCCAUCUACUCUGGUAAAGAAAAGAUCAAAAUUGCUCAUUUCUAUGAUUGCCUUCAGGACAUAGUCCGAUAUUAACGUGGGAGUGCACUUCAGAUCACAUCUCCUCAAGGUUUAUACAGACCACAGUUUUGCAUAUUUGCUUUAUGUACGUAUUCUUUUUAUUCUUCUUUUUCUUUUGGUCCGUACUAUUCCAUCUACUGAGAGCGCAACCUGAAUUUUGUAGUUACAAAUAUGCCGGAUAUGGUGUGUGUAUUUGUUACUCUUGGACUUCGAGAUGAUUGAUUAAAUCCAACAUUUUCAUCUUUGUUACGUAA